CCUACCUGAAUUAUAAUGAAUCGCCCAGAUAGCGCCGGCAUUCAUCGGGGAGUGACUACACUUAAAUUUACUAAAACGGAUCUUUCAGGCAACACGGGUUCCGCCGUUCGGUUUAGUGCCGCGGGUGCGGGAGCAAAUUCGGGUCUCAGUUUCAGUAAUCCAAAUUUUGGCGACAGUGGUCACACAACAGCAGCAGCAAUGGCGGAAAACUACAAAGAAUUCGAUAAAUCGGACACGUCCCCUAUUAUUCCGGAAAUCCGGAUAAGAACGUUUUCUUUUCGCGUGAGGGAAAUUAUCCUCGCUGUUGUUUCAGUAGUGGCUCUAAUCGGAUGUUUAGUGCUCAUUGCCAUUGUAGCGACUAACAGUAAAUCCGACGAAAAUACUUCGUCGGAAAUGAGUAGACAGAAAGCGAUUCGGACAUUAUGCACGGAAGCCUCGUGCCUAAAAGCGGCCUCAUACGGAGUUUCGAACAUGAACGCCUCUGUAAAUCCCUGUGAUAAUUUUCAUCAGUAUGCAUGCGGAAAAUACCCAACUUUAAAUCCUCUCGAUCCGGAUGUAAGCCAGAGAACCAUUUUCUGGAAUCUGUAUUACGACAAUGAAGACAAAUUACGGACCUUACUGGAGGCAUCAGCAUCCAGGACUUCGUCGUGGUCGUCGGAAAAGAAACUUAAAGACUUCUUUAUGUCUUGCAUAGAUGAUUACGGAAAAAUGAAAACUGGCGGUAAAGCUUUUAUUGACAAAAUUAUUCAGCCUUUAGGAGGAUGGGAUGUACUGAACAAUUUCAAUGCAGCCAAUUUCAAUCUGCAGACAAAUUUGCAGAAGACAAGCAUCGAUUUCUGGACGGCAUCUCUGUUUACGUUCCGGGUCACUACGGACAGAUAUGACAGAACCCGUAGAGUUAUUGAGGUCGACAUGUCAGGUAUGGGAAUGUCAUGGGCGUACUUCAUUCGGGAUACGACACAACAGAUUCGGGACGAUUACAAAAAAUUUAUGAGAACGGUGGCGCAGCUUUUAGCGGGAGAUUCUGGGUUAAACCUGGACCAGAACAUACUGGCUAACAAGAUUCAAACGUUUGUUGACGACGCUUUUGACAUAGAAUUCCAGCUGGCUAAUAUAACAGCAAACACUGUUCCCACCGGUGAUCCCCACAAUCACGAGAAGCGUAUCACAUUGACGGACCUUACACAACAAACAAACAAUGUGGUCGAUUUCGUGAGUUUCUUCCAAUAUAUGUUUGGUUCAUCGAAUGUCAACGGAAAUACCCGAGUUAUUUUGAUGGAAGACGACUGGAUACGCAGAAUGCUGGCUAUGGUUGGUGCGAUUCCUGAUGCUGACAAAGCUAGAAAACUGAGUAAUUACAUCAUUUGGGUAUUGGCACAUACGUAUGUCCAGGAGUUGUCUUGGACUUAUAUCCAUGCAAACCGUGUGUUUUGGGCUGAUGUGUACCAGUUUGAGGACUUCUGGGGAACUUGGCACCAUUGUUUCUGGCACGCGGAUCAUAGUAUGCCAGACGCUCUGGGAUCCUUGUUUGCAAAACAACAUUUUAAGGAUAAAAACAAGGAAAAGGCUGAGGAGAUCGUCAGAUAUAUUAAACAGGCGUUAAUUGAUUCAGUAGACAGUAACAAAUUCAUGGAUGACACAACAAAGCAAAGAGCAAAAGCAAAGUUAACUGCAUCUACAGAUAAAAUGGGAUACCCUGAUAUUUAUAUGAAUGAUGCAGAUAUUGACAACAUAUACCAGCAGAUAAACAUCAAUAGAUCAGACUAUUUCCAGAAUUUGUUGAAUUUGAACUUGUUCGAUAAGCAGGAUUGGACGCGUCGACUUACCACAGGGGAAGACAGAUCUCGUUGGCUCUACAACUCCUACGAUACAACAAUGACAUUUUAUAAUUCGUGGAACCAGCUUCUUGUUCCCGCUGGCAUGCUGCAGUUCCCCGUAUAUGAAUGGACUCUUCCACAUUAUUAUAAUUUCGGCUCCAUGGGCGGCUUAAUGGGGCAUUAUUUAGUCCAUGCAAUAGAUAACUGGGGCGGUUCUUACAAUGAGAAUGGAGUAUAUGGGAAGUGGUAUACCAAUGCCUCUACCGAAAACUAUAAAAAGGUGGAACAGUGUUUUUCUGUGGCUUACGACAAUAAAACAAUGGGACCAUAUAAGGUUGUUGGCCAGUCAGCUCCUCAGUCGGUUCUGGUAAAUGGAAGACGGUUUGCAUGGGAGGGUCUUGCCGAGACGAGUGGUAUAAGAAUUGCAUAUAAGGCUUACAAGAAAUGGAUUGCAGACAACGGCGAGGAGAAACCCACACCUACACCACAUUAUACCAACGACCAAAGUUUCUUCCUGGCGUUUGCACAAACAAAUUGUUUCACAAGAACAGAUGCUUUGAGCUAUUAUUAUGCCCAGGUGCAAAGAUUGCCAGAAGAUGUUAGGACAAAUACGGCGUUGUCCCUAUUAGACGAGUUCACACAGGCUUUUAACUGUCCCGCAGGAUCAGCGAUGAAUUCGGUAAAAAAAUGUGAUACUUUUUAAUGUGUAUAAAUCUGGAAAAGAAACACUUUAUAUUCGGACAAAAUACUCAAACAAUAUGGCUCGAAUGAACUUGUACAUUUUUCUGAUUAUCUUAUUUAGGGAGUUUCGUCAGCGUUCAAACUCGGAUAUUGAUUCUCAAGACGGCAAAAUUUUGAUUGUCUAUACUUCUGUUUAAAUAUCAAGGGUUUUGUCGAAAUGUGGCGUUAAUGUUGACUGAACACUGGAAUUGGAAUUCCUUUUUUCUAAUUUAUUGAUAUGAUUUUCAUAUAUUGAUUUUGAAAGACGUAAAAAAUUAUUAUCCUGUAGAAAGCGACUAGCAUUUUGUUUAUCAUAAAAUGUGCUUCUUCAAAUCGUAAACACGUAUAUACCAGUAAUAUGAUAUUUUGUAAAAUGUCAGAUGUGUAUAUAAACCUUACUACAUAUAAUUACAUAACGUAUUAAGUAAGCAAUAUAGAAUAUGUAAAUGAUAAAACAGUUGGUAUAAUAGUGCUUUGAACAGCAACUAUUCAAAUGAAAUAUUAUUAUUAUGCUAUAAGGUUUUUGAGUGGUGUGUGUAUCUGCCUUUCCAGUAAAAGAAAAUCGUGCACUCACUACGUCUGACAGAAAGUAUUAUACCCCAUUUUUUUUUCAAAACGCAUUUGUUGUAAAUAAAAGCCAGUGAAACAAAUUUAAUCUCCUUACGAAACUUUCUUAUGUUGUAUAUAUGUAUGUAUCCGCAUUGUCAUUGAA